AUGGUAUUUGAUAAUAUUACUCUCAAAGAUUUGAUGAGUAAACUCAACAAUCUCUUUACAUUUGGUGAUUUUAAGAGGGUGGAUAAAAUUGAAUAUCAUUGUUUGUCAAUGGAUGUUGAUGGAUGUCUUAGGUACACUAAUUUUCAUCUUCAAGACAAUAAUGAUGUCCAAACAAUGAUCACUGCCUUCUAUCAUUAUGAAACCAAAGGACUAAUCGAGUUAGACACAAUGUUGAGUAGAUCUACACAUGAUAUUUUAGCAAGUUUGAAUCGCCCAAGAAGCAUUGAUGAUAUCAUGGAUUGUCUCGUUGAACUUGAUGAAACUACUAGCUUAACUCAACCAUGA